UCGAGGGGGAAUAAAAUCCCAGCGGCUUCCCCCAAACAAAACCUCUUCUCCGCCAGAGUCCGCGUCGGCCAGAUCAAACGAAUCGGCACGACGCAUCGGCAUCGCCUCCGACGAUCUUGAGACAAACAAAACCCACCGCUGCGGCAACUCCGCCUCCCGCUGACACGGGGAUCGCCUGACAACAGGCAGAGAAAAGAGGCGCAGGGUUUGCCCGCGAAGAUGGAGGACGUGGACGUCUCGCGGCAGCUGAAGCAGAUGACGAACUUCAUCCGCCAGGAGGCCGUCGAGAAGGCCGCCGAGAUCGAGGCCGCCGCCGCCGAGGAGUUCCAAAUAGAAAAGUUGCAGCUGGUGGAAGCUGAAAAGAAGAAGAUCAGGCAGGAAUAUGACCGGAAAGAGAAGCAAGUUGGCAUCAAGAAGAAAAUUGAUUACUCGAUGCAGCUCAAUGCUUCCAGAAUUAAAGUCCUUCAAGCUCAGGAUGAUUUGGUAACAGAUAUGUUGGAGUCAGCAAGGAAAGAGCUACUGUGCAUAAGUAGAGAUCACCCCACUUACAAGAAGCUCCUCAAGACACUUAUUGUUCAGAGUUUGCUGCGCCUGAAAGAACCAGCUGUGCUUCUCCGCUGCAGGAAGGAGGAUCUUCAACUUGUUGAUUUAGUUUUGGAAUCUGCAAGGAAUGAGUAUGCAGAUAAAGCAAAAGUAUAUCCUCCUGAGAUAGUGGUAGAUCGUCAAAUCUAUCUGCCAUCUGCUCCCAGUCAUUAUCAGGCACCUGGCCCCUCAUGCUCCGGUGGAGUUGUGCUAGCUUCCCGAGAUGGAAAGAUUGUCUGUGAAAACACACUGGAUGCUAGAUUGCAGGUAGUUUUCAGAAAGAAGCUGCCAGAGAUUCGUCAGAGCCUUUUCGGGCAGGUAGCUGCGUAGCCAAUUCUUGAAAGCAGAACGUGGCCCAGUACUCUUUGGGGUACCCUGACGAUGUCGAGGAGAAACUUUGGCAGCUCUCAAUAGUGAUUUAUCACACUUUUGGACCUCGAUUAUUAUUUGUGUAUACUUUUUUCCUGGUUAUGGAUACCUUUGAAUCCUGCACAGAGCAAAUAAACUGUGUUCAUUUGUGGGACGAUCGUUUGUUGCAAUAAGGCAUCGAGAUGUGUUGCGAUGCCACUUCUGUUAUAGCAUCAUGUUUUUUCGUUGA